AUGACUAAAUGUGUAAAUACCAAACUUUGUGAAUAUGUGGAAGCUUACGACCUCCUCUCAGAAAACCAAUUGGGGACGAGGAGAAUAUGCCAAGGUGCGAAAGAGCAAGCAAUAGUUAACAAAGAGAUCAACAGAUCAAACGAUUACAAGCUACACUCUGCAUGGAUUGAUGUUAAAAAAGCAUUUGACUCAGUGGAUCAUUCUUUUUUACUACAAAUUUUGGAAAAGUCUGGGAUACCUGGAUGGAUUGUAAAAUUUGUCGAGUCGCUGAUUACUAAAUGGAGUGUCAAACUCAGACUAAAUAACAAAUAUAUUCGAGAUGUACGAAUUGAACGGGGAAUCCUCCAAGGAGACAGUUUGUCACCUAUGCUGUUUGUCCUUGUGUUGGACCCACUGAGCCGCCUAUUAUCUUAUAAGUUCCCGAAGGUCUCUAUGGGGCGAGAAAAUCAGAUCACACCGUUUUCGACAAAUCAUCUUCUUUUCAUUGAUGAUUUGAAACUUGUUUCGAAGAGUGAAAAUGUUAUUGUCAAAAUGAUGGAAGAGGUGAAUCAUUAUUUCCAUGCGGUUGGGUUGGAGAAAAAUUUGGAAAAGUCGGCCACGAAUACCUACUUGUUGUCAGAAGAGGCAAGAGUUCUUGAUGGAAUUGAUGGAUACAAAUACCUUGGAGUGCUUGAAAGCUCAACUGGGAAAAUCCAGAAGCAGAAAAUGCUGAAAAUCAUUUUGGAAGAAGUAAUUAUGCGGAUAGAGAGGCUAGCAAAUACUAAAUUGAAUGGAGUAAACUUAUUCAAAGCAAUUAAUGAACACGCUCUUUCAUUGUACAAUUAUUACAUCGGACUAGUUGAUAUUGAGCCAUUUGAAUUCGAAAUGGUAGACGAUACAAUCCGAUCAAAAUUAACUGAAUACAGAAUACACCUCCGACCAGCAAACAAACAGAGAUUAUAUCUUCCUCAAUACUUGAAGCGCAAAUAUUCUUUGGAAGAUUCACUUUUACUGGAAAAAAAACUGUUGUCAGAUGCGCAGAACAAACGCCUACUGGAUCAGACCUUUUCAAAAAGUCUUCACUCAAUUCUCUAUAAAAAUUCUAAGGAAGAUUUCGUGAAGGUUGAAGAUUCCAGUCACUGGCUAGCCAGAGGCAAUAAUUCUCCACGGUCAGAAGGCUUGUUCUGUCUUCUACAGGAUAGAAAUUUAUUCUUCGCAGACCACAAUUUAAUGUGUCCACACUGUAUGAAAUGGAAGAAGACUGUCGACCACUGUGCUACCAGAUGUGAAAAGAUGCUGCAUGGGGACUAUGUUAGAAGGCAUAAUGAAGUAGUUAGGUGUAUUCAUUUUCAUUUAUGUCGAGAAUUCGGACUCAAGAAUGAGAAGAAGCUGAAAACUCACUCUGUACAAACUGUGUCUGUUAAUGAGUUUGUCGAAAUCAAAGUGGACACCUUCAUUAAAACAGACAUAAUACUAGAACAUAACAAACCCGAUUUGUUUAUCUUUGACAAGAAGAACAACCGGAUAUUCCUGAUUGAGGUUGGGAUAACAUCUGCCCCAAACUUACAACAAGUGGAGGUAGAAAAACUUAGAAAGUAUGACCUUCUAUCAAAGGAAUUGGAGUUGAUAUAUCAUGCCAAUGUGAAAAUAGUACCGAUUGUAUUAACUUGGGACGGACUUGUCACUUCAAAAUUCCAACAGUAUGCACAAUCGUUGAACAUCAAUGAGAGAACACAUGCGUAUAUACAAUCACUCACUAUCAAAAAAACCCUUGAGAGCAUGAUUGUUUCCUAUAGGAACAGAAUUGAGCCACGCCAAAGGACUCUCGAACUGGACAAAAGAAUAAAAGUUAUUUAUCGACAAAUAGAUAUGACCAUAACUUCGCCACUGCCUGUCAGCACUUCCCAAGGAAAGAGGCUGGCAUCCUUACCUGAGGGAAUAUCAGAAUAG